AUGGACGAGCCUAAGGAGAACAAGUUGACGAUUGGAGGGCCCCGUCGCCGGGAGAUCAAAAAUAUACAUUUUCCCAACGUGUUUUGUGUCGGUGUGGGAAUUGGAGGACGAGGAGGAACCCUUGUUCGUCUCGAAGGGGAGGUGGAUCAUAAGGGAAGGACUCCCCUACACAAUGCCGCAGAGAGUGGACAUUUGGAGGCAGAGAAGCUGCUUUUUGAAGUAAACGAUUAUAUCAAUGCGCAAGCGAGGGACAGUUCUGGCAGAGGAGCCAUAGAUUUGGCAUUGGAUAACAACUUCUAUGAUGUCUUUAAUGGGCUCCAAGAUUGA